AUGUGCACCCAAACGAAAGCGGCUGCCCGCAUGGUCAACAUUCCGCAGGCAGACAUCGAUCCCUCCGGUGUAUUUAAAUACGUUCUCAUCAGAGUCCACAGCAAAGAGAAAGGAGAUGACACGGAAGUAGAUAUUGUUCGUGGAUACGGCUGGGCUGAGUUCCACGCGGAUAUCUACGAUAAGGUUUCCGAGGAGCUGGAAAGAGAUGGACUCCUAGACUGCGAGUGCGUCGGAGGGGGAAGAAUACAACAUGAUGACCAAGCUAAGAAAAUCCGUGUUUACGGCUAUUCUAUGGGGUUUGGGAGAGCUAACCACGCAAUCGCCACUGAGAAACUAAAGGUUCGCUAUCCAGACUAUGAGGUGACCUGGGAUAAUGAAGGAUACUAA